AUGUCUACUGACAAUAUUGCUUCCCAAUUACAAAAAUUGUCUAUAAACGCUCCUGCCGCUGUGGAAGGUUCUUUCCCAGAUGUCAACGUUGUUGAUUUAAUGAGAAACUACAUCGCAGAAGAACUACAUAAGAUCUCUGGAGUUGAUACCAGUUUAAUUUUUCCAGCUUUAGAAUGGACUAACACAAUGGAGAGAGGUGACCUUUUGAUUCCUGUACCAAGAUUGAGAAUCAAAGGUGCGAAUCCAAAGGAUCUAGCAGCUGAAUGGGCCGAAAAAUUCCCAUGUGGUGAAUUUCUAAGUAAGGUCGAGGCCAAUGGUCCAUUCUUACAAUUCUUCUUCAGCCCAGAAUUUUUGUUUAAAGUUGUUGUUCCAGAUGUUCUAACCAGAAAGGAAGAGUAUGGUUCUUGUAAAUUGGUCGAAAACAAAAAGGUUAUCGUUGAAUUUUCCUCUCCAAAUAUCGCAAAACCAUUCCACGCCGGUCAUUUGAGAUCUACCAUUAUCGGUGGUUUCAUCUCUAACCUUUACGAAAAACUUGGUUGGGAUGUUAUUAGAAUGAACUACCUAGGUGAUUGGGGUAAACAAUUCGGUCUACUAGCUGUCGGUUUCGAAAGAUAUGGGGACGAAGAAAAAUUGGCCCAAGAUCCAAUCCACCACCUGUUUGAAGUCUAUGUUCGUAUUAACAAGGAUAUCGAAGAAGAAGGUGAUUCUCUACCACUAGAAGAAUCCACUAACGGUAAAGCCCGUGAGUACUUUAAAAAAAUGGAAGAUGGUGAUGAAGAAGCUCUAAAGAUUUGGAAGAGAUUUAGAGAACUAUCUAUCGAAAAAUACAUUGCCACUUACGCUAGAUUGAACAUCAAAUACGACGUGUACUCUGGUGAAUCUCAAGUUUCCAGAGAGUCAAUGAACAAAGCUUUAGAAAUCUUCAACGAGAAGGGUUUGACUCACGAGGAUAAGGGUGCUGUUCUAAUUGAUUUAACUAAAUUCAACAAGAAACUUGGGAAGACUAUUGUUCAAAAAUCUGACGGUACCACUUUGUAUUUAACUAGGGAUGUAGGUGCCGCUAUGGAUCGUCAUGAAAAGUACCAUUUUGAUAAGAUGAUAUAUGUCAUUGCUUCACAACAGGAUCUACACACUGCUCAAUUCUUUGAAAUCUUAAAACAAAUGGGUUUCGAUUGGGCAAAGACUUUACAACAUGUUAACUUUGGUAUGGUCCAAGGUAUGUCUACAAGAAAGGGUACGGUGGUCUUUUUGGAUAACAUUCUUGAGGAAACUAAGGAAAAAAUGCACGAUGUUAUGAAAAAGAAUGAAGUUAAAUACUCUCAAAUCGAGAAUCCAGAUGAAGUUGCUGAUUUAGUUGGUAUCUCCGCUGUUAUGAUCCAAGAUAUGCAAUCAAAGCGUAUCAACAACUACGAAUUCAAAUGGGAAAGAAUGCUUUCUUUUGAAGGUGACACUGGUCCAUACUUACAAUAUGCCCAUUCUAGAUUAAGAUCUGUUGAAAGAAACGCUGCUCAAAUUACCUUUGACAAAUGGUUAUCUGCCGACUUCUCCUUGUUGACUGAACCUGCUGCUAUUCUUUUAAUUAGAAUUCUAGCUCAAUACCCUGAUGUUUUGAGAAAUGCUAUCAAAACUCACGAACCAACAACUGUUGUUACUUAUUUAUUUAAAUUGACACACCAAGUUUCAUCUUGUUACGACGUAUUAUGGGUUGCUGGUCAAACUGAAGAAUUAGCUACCGCUCGUUUAGCUCUAUAUGCUGCUGCUAGACAAGUUCUAAACAAUGGUAUGCGUCUAUUAGGUCUAACUCCAGUUGACAGAAUGUAA